GGAAUUAAGGAAGAAGGAAGUGAUCAUGGGGACAAGAAAAGAGAGUGGAUGCAACAGCAGGUAUGAAUAUUCAUUCAAGAUUCUGCUGAUUGGAGAUUCAGGUGUCGGCAAGAGUAGCCUUCUUCUCAGCUUUAUCUCUCAUCCCUAUUUCUCUCACCAUCUCUCUCCCACCAUCGGUGUGGACUUCAAGAUCAGGCUGCUAAAUGUUGGUGACAAAAGAGUGAAGUUCACAAUUUGGGAUACAGCUGGGCAGGAGAGAUUUGGGACAUUAAUAAGCUCUUAUUACAGAGGGGCUCAUGGAAUCAUACUCGUGUAUGAUGUGACAAGGCCGGAGACCUUUGCCAACUUAACCAAAAUAUGGGCGAAGGAGAUAGAACGUUACUCCACGAAUCAGGAUUGUAUCAAGAUACUGGUUGCAAACAAAGUAGACAGGGAUGAUGAAAGGGUUGUAGCUACAUCGGAAGGAAUGGCGUUUGCGCGGGAGCACAAGUGUAUCUUUUAUGAAUGCAGUGCUAAAACUAGCUUUAAUGUGCAGCAGUGUUUUCAAGAGCUUACCCUCAAGAUAUUGGAGGUACCAAGUCUGUUGGAGAAAGGAUCUGCAGUUGUGAAGAAUCAUAUUUUGAAAGAGAAACAAGACUGCCAGGCACAGCAAUAUAAUAAGAGCAACUGUUGUUCUUGAAUCUUGAUUGAUAUUUUUUGAAUUAAUGCAAUUGAUUGUGAAGAGGAAAAGGAAACAAUUGUAUGUAAAAUUUUGUGUACAUUUCAUUAUAAGCUUAUGUUGUUUGCUACACUUUCAGCCUUGUUGUUUCUUUAUUACAUCAAGGAUUAUUUGUAUGUAAAAUUUUGACUAAACAUAUGGGUUUAAACA